AUGGAUGUCAGCCCGCAGCAGAGGGAACUUGUAGAGCAGGUGAAGAUCUGGUUCACCUGCACAGAGAUGGAGGCCUUGGUUCAGACGGCCGUCCAAUUUGCGGACGCCAACUGCUCGGUGUUCGAGCCCGAACUGGGCGAGCACAAGCUCGAGUACACCCGGCUGCACAACGAAUUCAAGCAGCUUUUCGAGGACAGGCUGAAUUCCUUCUUGUCCAGCAUCGGUGCAACGCCUGAGGCGUUCUACGAAGCCUUCGAAAAGAUCGGACGGGAGGAAGGAGGCGACGUGCAGGGACUUGCAGAAAUCAUGUAUACGUGCCUGCAGUACGAGUUCUUCUGCCAGAUUAUGUGCGAGCGGAAGCGCGAAAUGGAGAUCCAACAGGCUGCUGGUGUGCCUCCGGCUCCUCCACCGGUGCCUGGUGGCUACGGAGAUACCAGAGUGGAAGGCUACGGCGCUGGUGCACCUCCGGCACCUCCCUGA